AUGGAUCAACGAGAUCUAUUAGAUAAUCUUAAAGAAGCUUUAAUCGCAAUUGAAAGUGCUAAAAAAAAUGUUUUUACAGAGCAAUGGAUCGAGGUAUCAAAUUAUUGGAUAAAAAUAUCAAUAUUUUUUCAAUCGAAAGGUGAAGAUUGGUGGUGGAUAACAAAAACACUUUAUCAAAAUGCCCUAAAAGCAGCUGAAUCCAUUGAAGAGGACAACGGAUACAAUAUUACUGCAAUACGAUAUCUUUAUGGAAGAUUUCUUGUCAUUAAAAUCAAACUGAUAAAUCUUGUAAAAAUAGACGCUGAAUGGCUCAAAGCACUCGAAUAUUUGGAUAUUGCGCGAAAAGCAUCAGAAGAAAGGAUAUGGAACGUUUCUAAUAUUUUAGGCGAGAACGAACAAACUAUUUUUAAAGAAUCCUGUGCUCUUAUAUGUAAAAUACUUCUAACUCUUGUUCAACGUAUCGGUGAAGAAGAUUCAGAGUUUGCUAUAAAUGCAUGCAACGAAGCUUUACAAAGAGCCAUGGACACUGGUCAUUACGAUUACAUAGCUAAUGCAUUAUAUGAGUUAGGAAGAAUACAUUUGCAUUAUGGCUAUGUCAAAGAAGCUUUGCAAGAAUUUUCUAAAUUACUUGCCAUGGCUAAAAGAAUACCAGAUCCAAACGGAAUAUGUAAUGCACACAUGGAAUUAGCUUUUGCUUAUAAGGAAAUUGAUGAUACUGCAAAUACAGAAAAACAUCUACAUUUGUUUAGAAAGAAUGCUACCCAAUUUAAUUUGUCAUAUAAACUUGCACAAGCGCAUUACUAUACCGGCGAGUAUUUAUUAAAUCAGAUGAAACCAAAUUUGGCAACGUCACAUCUGGAAAAUGCUUUUACCUUAUAUUAUGAUCUUGGAUCUAUCAAGGAAGCAGAUCAAGCAAGAUUUAUCACUGGAAUAUCGAGGGGACAAGAACAAAUUGAACAAUUUAUAGAUCUGGUAUUAGAAUGUGGAAAACAUAAUCCAUAUGCUCUUUUAAAAAUGUGUGCCUGGAAAAGUAACAGAAAUGUUUUCUGGGCCGAUAAACAACGCGAUAUUGAUACAGGUUUUUAUGACUUCACUUAUUUAUAUAUUAUCUUAAUAUAAUGACCUACAAUAAUUAAAUAUUAUUACAUAUUGCAGAUUAUCAUCAUGAAUAUUGUGAAUAUUUUACAUAUCCAAGUUCGUCAAUUUUAAAUAAUU